UCCACACUAAGCUCUCAUUAUGGAAAUGGGUUUUAUGUACUAGAAAUCUUGACAGAGCAAAACCGCUUGUUACCACCAUCGAACAGUAGAUGCAUACUUAGGCCGGAAAUUCAUUCUUCUCUUUUCAAAUCUAUUUCUGAAAAAAUAAAAACAUAAUUAUAGUUAAGGAUGUUCCAUUUUGGUCUACGAUUUUUGAAGCAUCAGCAAGGGAUACAGGAUUUUAAUAAAAAUGCGUUCCUGAAGUUAAAAGCAAUACCUCACCGGAAGCAAUUGUCUCAACGAUAUUUGCAACCUAUUCGGAGUGUUUCAACUUCUACAGCAGACACAGCGGUAGCAGCUGCAGCAUCUACGGCCAACACAGUUGGUAUAAGUAAUUCUUGGUGGCCAUAUGCUUUUCUUCAAAAUGCAGCUUACUCAAUUAAUGUUUAUGCCGGAGCACCCUGGUGGGUAUCUAUAAUUGCGACAACAGUCGGUGUUCGUUUUGCUCUUUUGCCGUUGAUGUUAAAGUCUUUUCGAACGAGCUCAAAACUUACAGUGCUUCAGCCUGAAAUGAAAAAAGAGCUGGAUGCUAUUAAGUCGGCUAAGUUAGAAAAUGACCAAAUGCGCCUUAGCCAGCACAGUAUGGCUUUGAGAGCUUUAUAUAUCAAGCAUGAAGUUAGUCCAUUGUCUAUUUUUAUGCUCCCACUUACCCAAAGUGUUGUGUUCUUUAGCUUUUUCUAUGCGAUUCGUCAAAUGGCUCGUGUUCCUGUCGAAGGUUUCAAAGAAGGCGGUAUCGCCUGGUUCCAGGAUUUAUCGGCACCGGACCCAUAUUUUAUUUUGCCUGUAAUUAACGCAGCAUUUAUGUUCACGGGAAUGCAACUGAAUAGAUCAAACACUGCAUCUACUAUCGGUAACUCUCCAAACUGGAGUACCUUUUUCUUCCUUUGCUGUCUUUUAAGUCCUCUUUUUACCCUAAAACUCCCAGCUGCUAUCUUUUUGUAUUGGAUUCCAAGCAGCAUUUUUAACAUCGUUCAAGGAUUUAUAUUGAAGAGACCCGCUAUUCGUCAGAAACUUGGAUUCGCACCCCUUCCACCUGCAGUAGACAAAGCCAUUUCUGGCAAAAAUCUUUUACGGAAUCCUGUUAAGGCAGUUCGUGACAUGUACAACGGAAUUAAAGAUGCCCUUCGAGGAAGAUAUGAUCAACUUAAAGUUGAUAUGGAAAAACGAGCUCUAGCUACUAGACCGGUCAAUGUCGUUCGACCUAAUGACCAUUAUAGGAAGAUGAAAGAAUAUAACCGAAAGCAUGUUAUUGAAAAAAAGAUUUCUAAUAAAAAAUACUGAGAUUAGUCUUCGAAUAUACCCCCGCUCUCGUUCAAAACUGUUGUUGCAUGGACAGAUUUUCUUCAUGUUCAGUUGACUUCAGUUAUUUAAUUUUUAAUUUCAUAAGAAUUCUGUACUUUUUUUUGAAAUAAUAUCUUCAAUGUCUUUAUAAACUAAC